AUGCGAUUCGAAAGAGGAAAGACCCAAGCAAACAAAAACACACACAAAAACUCACCUGACGAGAAACAGGCCAGAAGUGGGUCAACUUCCUCAGUCGACUGUGGGGUGGAUAAUGCUGUUCCUGCCCUGGCAGCAAUCAUCCGACUCAUUGACGUGCCUGCCUUCACUCGCUGCGUCCGCACGGCUGCGGUCUGGGCAGAGCCCAGCGCGCCAGGCGCCCUGUAA